UCAUGUAUGACAUGGGCUAAUGCAAUCAUGUUUGCACACGGGUGUAUUGAGCUAUUUAUUGUGCCAACGUAUACACACAACAAACAUACCUACCCCAGUCAUCCCUUGAAGAAGAGGUGGAAAAAGAAACAGCUACAUAAAUCAUCAUGGCUGCAGGAUGGAGCAUGACCGACGACAGAGAAUAUCUGCGAAGGCUGCUCCGGAAAGCUGAGGAACACUGCAGUUUAGGCAGUUCUGAAGCAGUGUCUACUCUCUAUCGCAACAAGCCAUCCUCCUAUUUCGAUGACAUCCGGUUGAACCACAAUAACAUCAUGAAACCUUAUCUGAAGGACAAUGGCGGAGACCAACGCUGUCCAAUAAAUGGGAGACUGAAGGGUCUUUUCUUUAACGUGACACUUACGGAUGGACAACUGCCAGUUAAGUCGCCUUUUGGAGACAGGAGAGUGAAAAUGCCACUGAGCGAGGUUUUUGAUGAUUCAGCAAAACUUUACUUUGCUGACUUCUACUGCAAGCCCUCACGCAGCCGUGUUCACUACGUCACCUUGGUCCUGACACAUUCAGGAUCAGAGGCAGACAGUUUCUGUCAGACACACCUGCUGAAGCUUGAUUCAGACACCAACAUGUAUUUGCGAAAACCAUACCUAUCUAGCACAUACGAAACACUGGACCGUUCUGCAGUUCACGUGGAGGUCAUGUUUACAGAGGCCGUGAACAUGACACACAGGGUUCUCUCCCCUACUGGUACCUUUGGUCGAGGCCACAGCACACAAGGUGGGAUAAGGAAGACUGUGGGCUGCAGCAUAUGCAAUGUAGGGAUCUUUGGAUGAGGUCCUCCGAAAGCUCCUGGCAGCACUAAAACUAGGGUACCUCCCAGAAACACCACUUUGGUGUAUUGCGUCAUAAUCAGACAAUUCCAAACGGAAAGGAAUAUAUACCGUACUAUUAGCCUGUAAUCGAAUGUAUGAUACAAUGCAAGGGAUACCUUAUAGCUUAAAAGCGCUGUGUAUCAGACCCAUCCGUAUAACAGAUUUGAGAACUAGGGCUGGAUUGGAUGUGUGAUUUCUCAUUGUAAUUGUACCCGACGGCAAUUAUAGAUGCUCAUGCUAUGAAGAAAUGUUUUUUAUGCUUCAGAAUGGCUGCUGUGAUGUAAUAUUUAUUAUAUUCUUCAGUGUGAAAGACUGAGUUUUCCGAAGUUGAGAAAAGUGAUAUUUUCUUUGCAGUGAACAUUACACUUGAUAUGUCACUGCAGUGAACAUAACACUUUGAAGGAACUAUUGUCAUACAAGAGUUACCUCACCUUAAAUUGUCUUCCUUUGUCGUAAGUGACUAGCCCGUACACAAACUGUAGACGUUCUUUUUAUGUUAGGUCCACAUUUACAAGGCAAAAUAAUGAUAGACGGUCGUUGAUGGAGUUAAUAUCACUUCUUGCCGUUUGUUAUUCUCUCGAAAAUGUUUACUUAUAAACCGUAAAUUUCUCAUUUGACACAAUCGAUACUGCUCAUCUCGCAAAGUGCCAUUUUUGUUACUUGACCAGCAUGUAUUCUUUCGCUUCCAACAGCGGUCUCCUAGUUUUCAAGAAUCUUUUUUGUUAAAGAUGAAAUUGUAUAUAAUCAUAUCUAAAUGUAUGAUUAAGGAUUUUUGCGACCCUUAAUAUUUUUUUAGACUUUUGUUUAUAUUUUGUAAUAUUUUUCAAAUACGAAACUACUUUUUAAGUCGCAAAUACAAGGGGUGGUGAACCGUUCCUGUGUGUUAGGUAGGGAGAAUGUACGUCUCAAGGUUUUAUAUUUGUAACGAAAUAAUGUAAUUUUCUGGUAGACAAGUACACAAAAAGUAUAUAAUAAAUAGGAUAUUUCAUGUGUCGAGUGAAAUAUCACAUGGUUCUCUCAUCGAGUGACGGGGAAAAGGGGAUAUUAUGUGAAAAUAUGUCCUUUCCCACAGUCACUCGAUGAGAGAAACAUGAUAUUUCAUUCGACACAUAAAUACUCUAUAUAUUCCACCAUGAUAUUGAAGAAUGCUUGAUUCUUAUUGGUUAAAAAGAAGUUUCCUUUUUGCUAGGGAAACACCUAGUAUAGCCUUUUCACACAAAAUAUGUGCGUAUGAAUACAUUGAUAGCCUACAUAUCGAUUCAUAAAGAAAUGGCUGCCGAUCGAUCACCACAAGGAACUGUAAAACGUAUCGAUAUUUCCUCUAAUACGGGCUUGGUCUCUAAUGUCUGCUUUGGUGAUGAGAUUACAAGAUUGUACGAAGGUAUAUCUUUUUCAUACAAAUAAAAGGUUUAUGAAACAGUUAGGGACAUGUUCGAUCGUCAUUGAAAAAACUGACAGUGAAAGUAGAAUAUGACAUUAUAAAAAUGUGUUUGAAGAAACUUGAAUCAUGACAACAUGUUGUUUACAAACCUUUUUAUGUUAGAUAUCCAUUGCUAUCUCCAUCAACCACCAUCGUAAGGAUAUGGCAAGAGGGGAUUUGAAAAUCCAUCAGAGUAGAUACCUCUUGUUUAAACAUUUGAAACCUUGCGCUAAAGCGCCCGGUUCCAAAUUAAAACACGAGGUAUCUACUCUACAGCGGGAUUACAUCAAAUUUCAAAACACAGUAGGUUUAUCUCCUGAAUAACAUUCACCUACUCAAAAGUGACGAGAAACACACAGCUGAUAAAAAUAACAAUGAUCACCUGUAUUUUUUAUUAUAUUCUUGAGGCAUCAUAACUGGCAGUCAUGUAUGGUCAUGUGAUAAUGAUGUAAUAAAAAUGACAUUGACCUAUUCAAAAUUGAUGAGGAUUACAGAGCCGAUCUGUGUAAAUGGCAAUGACCACCUGUAUUUUUUAAUAUGUUCUUGAUCAUCAUGAUUGACAGUCAUGGUAGUUGUGUGUUGCCAAGACAUUACACUUAUGACCGACCAUUUGAUUUUUUAAGGUUUGAUUUUAUUUUGAGGCAAGAUAUUUUCUCUCUUCAAUCUAAGAGGGAGUGUCAUGUAAAACUGACAUGUUAUAAUAAAACAUAAAGUGCU